GAGUUGUAGCCGAUACUUGCCCCUGUUCUCUCCUCCUUUCAAUGUAAGAUGGUGGUUUGUAGAGUAAGUAGGUAGCCAACACCUCUAUAAGCUGAGAAAACGGGCCGGUUGUCUCCUCAAGAGAGCGGCUACCGAGUCCCGGGGGCGGAAGCUUGCUGUAACGGAGCUACCGACGCACACAGGCAUACUUCUCCCCCACAUCCUGGACAAGAAUCUCCAAAAGCACAUAGGCAGGUUCAGGCCUCCUGUUCCUGUCCUGUGAAAGCUGUCGGCCCACUAGUGCGUAACCCUAGGAUGUCCCGGCACCCUUGUGGGAAGGACGACAUGAUGGAGUGCCCUCUGUGCAUGGAACCUCUGGAGAUCGAUGAUGUCAACUUCUUUCCCUGCACCUGUGGAUACCAGAUCUGUCGCUUCUGCUGGCAUCGAAUCAGGACCGACGAGAACGGGCUCUGUCCUGCCUGCAGAAAGCCGUACCCAGAAGACCCUGCAGUGUACAAGCCGCUGUCACAGGAGGAGCUGCAGAGGAUAAAGAACGAGAAGAAGCAGAAGCAGACGGAGAAGAAGCAGAAGAUCACAGAGAACAGGAAGCAUCUGGCCAGCGUCCGAGUGGUCCAGAGGAACCUGGUGUUUGUAGUGGGGCUGUCCCAGAGGCUGGCUGACCCCGAGGUUCUAAAGAGACUAGAAUACUUUGGGAAAUUCGGGAAGAUUCACAAAGUGGUGAUCAACAACAGCACUUCAUACGCUGGCUCCCAGGGGCCCAGUGCCAGUGCCUAUGUCACAUAUCUUCGUUCUGAAGACGCUCUCAGAGCAAUCCAGUGUGUCAACAAUGUGGUGGUGGACAGCAGAACACUCAAGGCUUCUUUAGGAACAACAAAAUACUGCAGUUACUUUUUAAAGAGCAUGCAGUGCCCCAAACCAGACUGCAUGUAUCUCCACGAGCUGGGGGACGAGGCUGCCAGUUUUACUAAAGAGGAGAUGCAGGCGGGAAAGCAUCAGGAGUAUGAGCAGAAACUUCUCCAAGACCUCUCCAAAAACAACCCCACCUUCCUGCAGACCCCCGCUGUGCCAGGGGACAAACCCAAGGGCAAGGCCAACUCUUUACAGAGGUCCAACAGCUCCAGUAAAGACGGGAGGAUGACCAACGGGCUGUCCUCAGAGCACAGGAGGAGCCCCACUCUAGAUGGCUCCGACUCUGAACACCUGAGCCCCGAGGGGCCCGAACCUGAUCUCAGCCCUGACCCUGUCCCGGCCCUCUGCUCCUUCUCCUCACACCACGAGCUUGCUAGCCCCAGAAACAAACUGACAGACAUCAGUAUAGGCAACGGUGAAACCUCACAACUGCUCCACAGCAGUGACUCUCCGUCGCCCCCCCCUGGCCUCAGUAAGCCGGGGCUGAUGGUCCCCCUCAGCGUGACGGGACACACGCCUCGCUCCCCCUUCGAGGCGGCGGCUGCAGAGUCCCAGUCUCUGUUCUCAGACAACAGCAACUUCAGGCAUCCCAACCCCCUGCCCAGCGGCAUGAGCGGCUUCCCCACCCCCCCCCACAGCAACGCCGAGUGGCCCACCACCCCCGAGCCGCACAGCCUCUUCACCUCAGGUAGAGAUAAGAUACGGAGGAUGUGUGUAACAACUGUAAAUAUUUGGUGUCAAACAUUUCUUCUUCACACAAAUUCUGUCGCGUGGUGUGAGGAGAAGGAGCAGAGCCGGACCAGGGUCAGGGCUGAGAUCAAGGUUUCCGGGCCCCUCGGGGCUCAGGUGUUCAGAGUCGGAGCCAUCUCAGAGUGCGGGCUCCUCCUGUGCUCUAGGACAAGCCCGUUGGUCAUCCUCCCGUCUUUACUGGAGCUGUGGACCUGUGGGCAGCACACAGAGAAAGCCCACGUCGCCCCCCCGCUACACAGAGGCCCCUUCCCCAACCCCCUCCCACAUCCUCACCACUUCCCCCAUCAUCAACACCCUCACAGGGGAGGCUACACCACCUUCGGCUUCCCCACAUCAUCAUCGUCUUCAUCCUCCUCCUCCUCCUCUGCGUCCUGUGGAUCCUGGAUGGGCCCCGCCUCCUCUCGCAGAAACUUUGUGCCUUUGAACCACACAAACAGUCUAACCACGUCCACCUCACACAGCAGCUUCCUGGACUCCACAGGGCUGCUGGGACAUCACAGUACUGGGCUCGGAGGAAUCCCCAUCGCAGAGAGCAGCAGCUGUGCAGAGAGUAUACAUGUGAAACAGUGGCAGGACGGCCUUAGAGCGCUCUUACCCAACAUCAACAUCAACUUUGGAGGACAGCCCAACUCCUCUUCUUCAUCAUCAUCCUCCUCCUCCUCCUUAUCCAGCGUCAACCACACGGGGCCACCGGGCCUCUUCAACAGUGUUCCUCACAGCCGCUCCUGGGAGAGCCCCCCCAGAUGGAUGGACCCCGCCAUCAUCACAGGACUCCCCCCCGGCAACAGUGUAGACUCUCUUCAGGACGACAACCCCCCCCACUGGCUCAAGUCCCUGCAGACGCUCACAGAUAACGAUGCCCCCCCGCCCAGCUCCGCCUCACACACGGCUCUACGGGGGCCAGCCCCACAGAGCCAGCUGGGCACACUUUCUCCACCCCCAGCACCCCUUCCACUCCACCGGCUUCAGACAGCCUUCAGACCCCCCACUCAGACGCAGGCGGACCUGCUACAGAGCGCCGAUAUCGACCGCCAUUAGGGACCCUACACAAAUCACAUGACCCACGGCCAAUCAGCAGAUGCAAAAAUAUUAACGACUAAUAAUAUAAUAUAAUAGUUCUUUCUGCACAAGAGCUUGUGUGUUUCUUGUCUUGGUUUCUAAUUGGUUGUUCGAUUUGGUCUCAAGCUACCCCCGCCCCCCCUAAUGCACCAUGAUCAGGAAGUCCUGCUGACAGAGAGAAACGAUCUGAAGCCAUUUCCUGAAUCUGAAGAAGUAUUUGUAACCACAUGGUCCAUUACAGACAUCAUGUUGACAAAGUGUGUUUGAGAGAUGCUUUGAAAUAAAACCUGCUGACUCAUGUGAUUUGCCAUUGAAUAUCAAAA